AUGGAUUUUGGAAGUGUUGCAGAGAAGGAGAGUGUAAACGCUCUGACAGAGCAAGUGCAGCAUCUCGCUAACAAAAAUGUGCAGCUGCAGGAUAGGAAUGAGAGGCUGUACAUGGGGCUUGGAGACCUGCAGGAGAGGAUGGGGACGCUGGCUGGCUCCAAAACAGAUUUGUCAGCCAGAAUGGUCUUCAGUGAAGAGGAAAAACUGAAGAUUUCCAAAGACCUCAUUGAUCUCCAGAUUGAGACAAACAAAAUGAAGGAGCAGUAUGAGACAGAGAACUUUGAACUGAAAAAUAUGAUCUUGUCCCUGGAGAACCGUGUGCUGGAGCUGGAGCUCCGCAGUGAGAAAGUCACCGGGGAGCGGGACGCCUUGCGGGACCAGCUGCGCACGCUGGAGACCAGCCGUAAGGAGCUGGCGGAUGAGUACAUCAUUCUGAAGAGCAAUUACCUGGCCCUGGGCAAAGAGCUUGACCGGGAGGUCUUGAAGAAUGAAGAGCUCAGCCUAGAGCUGCUCAACCUGGCCAAUGCCAAGAGCACCCUUCCCGGCACAGGGAGCUACCACCUCGUCUCCCACGCCGCAGCCGAUGAGCCCUCUGCUGAGCCGGGAAGAGUGCGAGCAGUGGUGCGCCGUGUCUCUGCUCGGAAGGUGAAGCCAGAAGAUGCACUUGCCUCUGAACACAAGCAGCAAAACCUGGAAAAAAAUUUGCUUGGAAACCAGGAUUACAUAAAAGUGGAGAUUGAAAAUCUGAAGAAAACCUACGAUUCGCAGCAGCAGAAGCUGGAAGAGCAAGUGAUCGCCGUGGGGAAGGAGCUGCAGGAGGCGAAGCGAGCAAUUCGGGACACCCAGCGCAAACUGGCGGAGCAGUCAGCAGUGCUGCUCACCUCCCGGAGCCAGCUGCAAGAGGUGGAGGCAGAGAACUCCCGGCUACAGCUGCGUGUGAAGGAGCUCAACGAGCAGUACCGCUCCCGGCUCGCGCAGCACGUCAAGGACUUGGCGGACUACAUGGACAGCAAAUCCAGUGACCGGACAGAGCCCAGCAGAGCCCCAGCUCACAUGAAGCACUUUGUGGACAGCAUGCUGAAGGACAUCAGAGCUUCCUACAAGUCUCGGGAGGAGCAGCUAGCUGGAGCAGCACGUGCCUACAAGAAACGCAUGAAAAACUUGGUCAAGAAGCAUGAGAACCUGCUGAUUGCGUACAGCAUGCAGCGAGAGCAGAUCCGCUCCUUGGGCAGCAGCGAUAUGGAUUCCGGCCCCGCUGAGCUCCACUUUGCCAUCACAGACCCAGAGCUGCUGACAAACACAACCCAGGAGCUAAACCGGCUGCGGGAGAACAAAGCAAAACUGGAGCUGCAGCUACACGAAUUGCAGCAGAAAAAAAUGAAAGAAACCUCUGACCUUCAGCUGUCAUCUGAGCAGAAGCCAGAUGAGGAGGGCUGGGCAGAGGUCAGGAAGCAGCUCCGGGAGUUCACACACAGCACCCAGGAGGAUUUGGAGAAGGAGAGAAGCCAGCUGCUGACUCGGGCAAUCGUGGCAGAAGAACAGGUGUCAGAGCUGCAGGAGUACGUAGAGAAGCAUCUUGCAAGGUACAAGCAGGAGAUCCUCCGGCUGAGGACGCUUGCUGGCAGCAAGGAACCCCGCACGCUCAGCGCGGGGGCAGCCGAUGCUCCCCUGCUGCCCGGAUCCAGAAGGACCCCCAGCCAUGAAAUGUAG